GGGACAGAAGGAAGGAGACAAGAUGGCAGCGGCGGCGUCUCAAGGCGGGAGAGGCGGCGGUGGCGGAGGCAGUUGUGGGGCUAGCGGCGGCCCCAGCUCUGGGACAGGCAGCAGCCGCAGUGGUUUGUUGGAUAAGUGGAAGAUUGAUGAUAAGCCUGUAAAAAUUGAUAAGUGGGAUGGAUCAGCUGUGAAAAACUCUUUGGAUGAUUCCGCCAAAAAGGUGCUCCUGGAAAAGUACAAGUAUGUGGAGAACUUUGGUCUAAUUGACGGUCGCCUCACCAUCUGUACCAUCUCCUGCUUCUUUGCAAUAGUGGCUUUGAUCUGGGAUUACAUGCACCCCUUUCCAGAGUCCAAGCCGGUUUUGGCUUUGUGCGUCAUAUCCUAUUUUGUGAUGAUGGGGAUUCUCACCAUUUAUACCUCAUAUAAAGAGAAGAGCAUCUUUCUUGUGGCCCACAGAAAAGACCCUACAGGAAUGGAUCCUGAUGACAUUUGGCAACUGUCCUCCAGCCUCAAAAGGUUUGAUGACAAAUACACCCUGAAGUUGACCUUCAUCAGUGGGAGGACAAAGCAGCAGCGAGAAGCCGAGUUCACCAAGUCUAUUGCUAAGUUCUUUGACCACAGUGGGACACUGGUCAUGGAUGCAUAUGAACCUGAAAUAUCCAGGCUCCAUGACAGUCUCGCCACAGAAAGAAAAAUAAAAUAGCCAAUUCUAAGUGCU